UCCUCCAGAUUUCUCUUCAGACCUCAAAGGGAAAAUAUCAGGCAAAGGAAGGGAGAGAGGGAGAAGGGAAAGUGAGGAGGGGAGAGAGAGAGAAAGAAAGAGUAAAGAUGGCUAGUGAAUUCAGAAAGAAAAUAUUCUGGAGGGCAGUGGUGGCUGAGUUCCUGGCCAUGAGCCUUUUCAUUUUUAUCAGCAUUGGCUCGGCUCUGGGCUUCAACUUCCCCGUGGUGGCCAACAAAACGUCAACGAGGUCUCAGGACAACGUGAAGGUUUCUCUGGCUUUUGGGUUAUCCAUCGCUACCAUGGCACAGAGCGUGGGCCACAUCAGUGGGGCGCACCUGAACCCAGCUGUCACCCUGGGGCUGCUGCUCAGCUGCCAGAUCAGCAUCUUCAAGGCGCUCAUGUACAUCCUCGCCCAGUGCCUGGGGGCAGUGGUGGCCACGGCCAUUCUCUCAGGAGUCACCUCCUCUCUCCCAGGAAACUCCCUGGGGCUUAAUGCUCUUUCAGAGGGAAUCAAUGCAGGCCAAGGGCUGGGAAUUGAAAUCAUUGCCACCUUCCAGCUGGUGCUGUGUGUCCUGGCCACCACAGACCGGAGAAGGAACGACGUCUCGGGAUCGGCACCUUUGGCCAUUGGUCUCUCCGUUGCCUUGGGCCAUCUUCUUGCUAUUGAUUACACUGGCUGUGGAAUUAACCCAGCCAGAUCUUUCGGCUCAGCGCUCAUCGCCAACAACUUUGAAAAUCACUGGAUUUUCUGGGUUGGCCCAAUCAUUGGAGGAGCAAGUGCUGCCCUGAUUUACGACUUCAUCCUGGCGCCCAGAACCAGCGACCUCACCGACCGCAUGAAGGUGUGGACCAGUGGCCAAGUAGAAGAGUAUGACCUGGAAGGGGAUGAUAUGAACUCCCGGGUUGAAAUGAAGCCAAAAUAAAGAAGGGCAUGGAGAGAGGCUAAAAAAAAAAAGAAAAAAAAGAAAAAAAAAGAAAAAAAAGCAGCACAUUGGUUUCCGAAGAUUUUAUCAGUGUUAUAGACUCUUUGUAAACCAGCAAGCAGUACUUUGUUUUUUUUAAUUCAAUACAGUUUUCCUUUUUUUUUUUUUUUUUUUUUUUUUUUUUUUUUUUUUUUUUUUGUUUUUUGUUUGUUUUUACCCCAAUCCUAAUAGCAUUUUUUUAUAUCUGGGGUUUUUCAAUUACAGAGUUUUUAGGUUGAGAAGUCACGACCUAAACAAAAUGGGGUGAAGUUUAUUUAGGUCACCUUUGCACGACCUAAAUAAACUGGGGCUGAAGUUUAACCCUUCCCUUGGUACCACCCAAUUUUGAGGUAUAUUUAGCAUGGGGGGUUCUCCUACCAUAACACUCAGUAAUAAAUAGUUCCAAUGACCAGUUUGUUUCCUGAAAGAAUAGAUAUUGGGGACAGAGAAUCAUCUGGACCAACAACGGAGGCCUUACACUUGAAAAACCAGUAUUUAUACAAAAAUGCAAGGCUGGCAUCUAAUACCAGCAAUGAAUGGGAAAAAAAACAGUUUCAAAUCAGUGUCCAAAAGAUCUUUUGUAAGGAAAGGUUACUAAAGAUUAUUUGCUAUGUAAAAUUACCCAUAAUUUCCUAAAUUAUUGAUCAUAUUUGAGAAAGAGGGCCAGGAAAGUUAGAAUUUCCAGACUCACAGGAUCUUUCAGACUUUCUAGUGUUUCAUUCUCCCUGAACCUCCAUCCAGUUUCUUGUGUGGGGAGAAUAUAUGUGACAAAGAAAAAAAAUAUAUAUGAUAUAAUAACUCCUGGGAAGUAAUAACUAGAAUUCAAAUUGAAGAGUAGCAACAAUGGCAACAAGAGUGAUGUGGUACAGGAUCUGUGAUGUAAACAGGAUCUGAUGGUUCCUGUGACUACUCUGAUUUUGUUCACCUUGUGAAAUUUAUCAUGUGAUUUAAAGCAAAACAAGGAGAAAAGAAGUCCCCUUUCUCACUGACCCUAUUCCAACAGCCAGCUGUGACCUUCAGGGACCACAAACAGAUGAACACAUGGUAUAUUUUCUAAUGAGGGACAAAUACAUAACUGUAAGUCCAUUUUGGGGGUGGUUGCUUUGUUUUUAUAUAUAUAUAUAUAUAUAUAUAUGUUUAUAUAUAUGUUUUAUACAGAAAGCCUAGUGUACUGUUUUGUAAGAAAAUAAGAGCAUAAAGACAAGUGGAAAGAAUUGCAGCAGUGCUUAGCAAAAUAAACGACACUGGAAAUGAGAAAGAAAAUUAACACUCUAAAUGACAUGGAAGAUUAUUUUCUGUUUAAAUUUGUGUGUGUGCGUGUGCUACUUAUGAUUUCCUGAGUAACCCAAAGCAUUAGCUGUUCCUACCUACUAACUAUAGAAUAUAGUUAAAGCAGACACGUGCUGAUAUACUUGUUCUGCACUAAACAAUUUUCCAUAAGAAAUGAGGCCCAGAGGAACUGAUGGAAAAUCAGCACACUCCAUCAUUCAGCAAAACCCUCCAGAGGUAAUGGGAUGGAUUCUCCUGUCUGAGAGACAGUGUGGGAUUGGGAGGUGAGGUAGGAUUGGCAUAGGAAUCAGUAUGGAUUGGAUCAUUUAAUCAACUUGAGCAGUUGGACAAUAAAAAAAGAAUAAAAAUGAAAAUACCAGCAAAAUAAA